GGCAUAACAAAUAACAAUAACAUACAAAAUAAACAAAAGUGAAAAUUUCUUGUCAACUUGCCAGCUGAUUAAAAUGAUAAUAGAAAUGUAUACCGAAUCACACUUUCGUGAAGUAAUAUAUGACUUUGAUAUGUUUUCAAAGUCGUAUUUCAGAGCUGUUAAGUCGUUCGCCUUAUCUAUACAACCAAUCGUACUUUGUACUUGUGUCGCAAAUAAGUAACUUUUCAAACAAUAGGGUCAUUUACACACGCGAUAUGAUCCUGGCAAUAAGGAUCAAAACAUCUACAGUUAUAAGAGCAUUGCACUGUCUACUUUUGGUGUGAAACAAAAUGGAAAAAUGGUUAGGACCCUGUCUGUUGCUUUGCAUUUUUGGGUUUCUGAAAGAGUUACGUCCCUCAGAGCCAUUUGUGACUGAGUUUCUAGUUGGAACUUGGAAAAAUUUUACAGUUGAAGAGGUUAUGCAGGACAUUUACCCUGUGUGGACGUAUUCCUAUUUAUUUCUUUUGUUUGUGGUCUUCCUUGUAACUGACCUCUUAUUGUAUAAACCAGUUGUGGUUUUUGAAGGAAUCUCUUUAGUCCUAACAUGGUGCCUACUGAUAUGGGGCCAAGGCAUCCGUGCUAUGCAAGCUGUGGAAUUCAUGUAUGCUGCAUCUACGGCCAGCAAAGUAGCAUACAGUACCUAUAUCUAUACUCAAGUGCCUGUUGAAAAAUUUCAAAUAGUGACAGCAUAUACAAAAGCUGCUCUGCUGGCUGGCCGUUGCAUUGCUGGGAUAUUAGGACAAAUUCUCGUUGCUACUGAUACGUGUGACUACCUUGAACUGAACUACAUCUCCCUUGGAUUUGUAUCAUUCUCUACUUUGUUUGCUUGCCUUCUUCCAAGUGUGUCUCGCUCGAUCUACUUCCACCGUGGCAAAGUACAAGAGAGUAUUACAAAUAAUCAGUUAUUGGUCCAGUUAGAGACACCAAAAGGGCGGCACAGCCAUCACGACGAAGUCCAAUGCUCGAAGAAUUUAAUUCAAACUCUAUCUUCUGUGGAUGAUUCAAGCGAAAAUAAAAAAUCCACGAAAUCGGUGCUCCGUCUACUCUGGAAAGAUUUUAUCACAGCUUUCUCAGAUAACUACACACUGAAGUGGUCUUUGUGGUGGGCAUUUGCAACUUGCGGAUUCUUUCAGGUCGUAAAUUACAUUCAGCCACUUUGGGAAGCUCUAGAACCUGAUUCGGAAAAUGUGUACAACGGUGGCGUCGAAGCUUUACAUGCACUUUUAGGUGCCCUGACUACUUUAGCGGUUGGAUAUCUUUCUAUUGACUGGUCUGUGUACGGAGAACCUACGAUUGCGGUGAUUUCAUUAUUCGAAGGCGCGAUGCUGUUCGUGGCGGGCAAUACUGAUGUAGUUUGGGUAACUUAUACCACAUACAUCGCAUUCUGCUUAUCUUACAGAAUCCUUAUUACCAUCGCUAGUUCUGAAGUUGCGAAGGGGUUAAAACGCGAAAGUUACGGCUUCAUUUUUGGAUUCAACACCUUUUUGGCCUUACUUUUUCAAUCUAUUCUUACUCUCUGCGUUACAGACGGUGUUGGAUUGGCGCUCGAUCCACAAACACAGUUUAAGAUAUAUGGUGGAUUUUUCGGCGUGCUGGGGGUAAUUUUUUCGGCUAUGGCGGCGUAUAGUAUCUUCCAGCAUCGAUCGAGAGUAUGUGUUUCGAAGAAAAUUUGCGCUCGACAUGUUCCAUGCGAUUCUCCCACAAGGAACGACAGUUCAAACUCGAAGGUGUAAAAUUUAGUUCAUUUGCUUCUAAACAUGUUGAACGG